UUUUUUUUUUUCUUUUCAUUAAUAUGUCGACCACCUUUUCUAUCCAAAGCUCAUCCGAAGCACAGAUUGAUGACUUGGCCUUUUACAUUUCCCGACUACGUGGUGAAAGUGAAGACGAUGCUCCUUAUGUGAAAGAAAUUCAAGCUCUUGUUGAAACCGAUAAAAACAGCAUUUAUUCUCGCCUUGCUGAAGACGUUUCUAUUCUAUUGACCAAGAACGACCGAGAGGUGGAACAUGCUUUCAAUCUUUCUAUUGUGAUUAUUUUGGGUGCACCUGAAUCAGUAUUGCCUGUAGCUGUCAAAACUUUGGUUGGUUCUUUGACUAAAACUGAAAGUUCCAAGACCAGUUUGAAGCAAAAAAUUUUGCUUAAUUUAUAUAAUGCUUUACCCAACAAUUCUCCUCUUCGAUAUGAUGCUUUCUUAGGUUUGGUCGAUGUUACUGCACAAGCUGAUGAAUUGGAUUCACUUACAAGUCAAUUAGCUAAUGUCGAUACUUGGGCUAAACAAUGGGGAAUUGAUCUUGCUGCUGAACGACAAUUGUAUCAAUAUCUUUCAGAAAAAUUGGAUCAAGCUGGUGAAAAGAAAACAUCACUUGAAUUCUUGUUGAAGAAAUUGGCAACCUAUGAAACCAAAGAUGAUGAAUCUAUUACUUGUGCAAAGAAGGCUAUUUUAUCUGCUAUUGAUAUGGAAAAUUAUUUUGCCUUUGAAAGUUUGAUUCAAUAUACUGCGGUACAACAUAUCAAGGAUAGUGAAGAAUUCAAAUUGUUGGAUUUGUUUUUGAAUGGUAACUUGCAAACAUACGAAACUUUUGUAUCUAAUCAUCCUGGCCUUGUACCUGAUCAAGAAGCUGGUUUACGCAAGAUGCGAUUAUUGUCCUUGGCUUCUCUGGGUUCUGAAAACUUGGCUCGUGAAUUGUCUUAUGCUGAAAUCUCCAAGGCAUUGAUGAUCAAGGAAGAUGAAGUGGAAAUGUGGGUGAUUGAUGUGAUUCGUGCUGGAUUGGUAGAAGCCAAGUUGGAUCAAUUGAACAAGACAGUCAUUGUACAUCGUAGCAUUUACCGUGUGUUUGGAAAGGAACAAUGGCAACAAUUAAGUGCUCGAUUGAAUACUUGGAAGGACAGCUUGAAUGAUAUCUUGGCCGUCAUUGGUAAUGCAAAAUUGAUUGCUGGUGGUGCUUUACAAGGUGGUGCUGCCGUUGUUGUGGAAGACAAGUCUGAUCUCGCUGUCAAGACAAACUAGUUAUUACCUUUUUGAUCAUCCUACUCCCUCACUUUUUUUUUCUUUUUCUUUUUCUUUAUGCUCGUCCUUCCCAUUCUUAUACAGUGUAUAUCUCUCCUUUUUUUUUUUCUUUUU